AUUCUGAAUGAGACAUUCCCCUGAAAAUAUAGUGUUAUGUGAAUGGAGCUGUGUUGCAAAAUUUUGAUUUACAUAACACUAUUCGACGAUCUUCAUUAAUUUAAUACCCAUAAUGACGUCCAGCAUGAAACUUACGCCCAGCAGAUCGCUCAUCCCUGACAUGGAUCACCACGUGAAGCGCAUGCUGAAGCUCAUCGAAGAGGAUGCAGACACCUUCACCAAAAAAGUCGAAACCUACUACCAGAAGCGCCCCGAGCUCAUCAAUCUCGUCGAGGACGUCUACCGGAUGUACCGCUCCCUCGCCGAGCGCCACGAUCACGUCACCUCCGAGCUGCGCAAGACCAUGCCCUCCGAUCUCCAGUCGCAGUGCUCCGGGAUCACCGAUCUCGGAUCUGAGCCGCCCUCCACCAUGCCCUCGCCGGGCCCCAGCAGGCGCCAAUCCGGCCACCGCGCUCCUGGAUUCGACUUCUUUUUAGGAAAUCACGCCGGCAUUGGCGCCGACGUGUAUGGGAAGGAAGGGGAUGAAUCCUCCACGCUCGAGUUUGAAUCCGAAUCCGACGAUUCCUCUGUUAAUUACUACUCCAGCAUGCAGAGCAAUGACGACGAGCAGGCGCUGCGCCGGAAGAUUAUCGAGGUCGAAUCCGAGCUCCGCGAGGUGAAAGAGAGGAGCGCCGGCGUUGAAAACUACGAUAGAAUUGCGAGAUACGAACACCAGCUGCGAAUUGCGAAAGACAAGAUUCAGCAAUCGGAUGAGGAAAUUCGUCGUUUGAAUUUCGAGCUCCGCAGGUAUAAAGACGCCGAUUAUAACCUGGUGGAUCAGACUGCGGCGGAGGUGCAGGAGAGCGGCAACGGCGAAGUUUUGGAGUCGGAGUGUAAGAUUCUGACGCUCUGGGAGGAGCAUCGCAUCACGCGCGAGAAGCUACGCGCGUCGGAGCAGGAGAUCGCGAGGCUGCGGCAGGAGCUCACGAGCAAGGGAUUUCCUGUGCAGAAUUUGCAGGAUCAGCUCAAAAUCAUGCAGAAGGAGCUGUCCGCGUUGAAAGACAAGCUCGACGACGAGAAAGAUGAGUCGGCCAAGCUGCAUGAGAUCAUCGCAAGGUACAAAGCCGACGUUGCGGAGCGCGAUCAGGAGAUAUCGGGAUUGAGAGAAGCAUUCGCGAACGUGAAAGAGGUGGACUUGCGGUUGCGGUUCUUGGAGGAGGAGAUGAAACGAGUCGAGGCAGAGAAGGCGGAGAUGGAGGAAACAUAUGCUUUGCAAAUGGAGCAGUUGAAGGCGGAGAUAGCUUACAAGAGUGGAUACAUUGAGGAGUUGCAGGUGAAGCACGAGAUGCUGAUGAAUGAGAAAGAUGAUCGGAUCGACCAAAUGAGCAGCCAUCUGCACCAGAUGCAGGUGGAGCAGGUCGAUCUAAUCGCCGCACGUAAGCUGGCGGAGGAGCUCCGCUCCAAGAUUAAGGAGCUGGAGAGAGAGGUGGAGAAGAAGCAGCAGAUCAUAGUGCAAGGUGCCGAGGAGAAACGCGAAGCCAUAAGGCAGCUUUGCUUCUCUCUCGAGCAUUAUCGCAAUGGUUACCAUCGCCUCCGUGAGGUCGUCACGGGGCAGAAAGCCAUGGCAUCAUCUUAAGCUUACUGGCGUGCUUGUCUGUUAUUUUUGUCUCAGUCGUCGUCUUCUUGUUUGUCUAUAGGUCUGGUUUAGGCGAGUCCUGUUUUGGCGUUGCUCGUGUCAAAAUUCUGGUUCGUGUAUCAUCUUCUUUUUAAUGGUCUGUUUUGCAAUCCCAGAUUCUUGGAAAGAAUAAAACACCCCAACCUCGUAGUUUUGAGAUUCUGUAGCCUAUGUAAGAAAUGGCACACCUGCCAUGUCUGUUAAGUGUAGGAAAUCAACAGACAUCAGUGUGAUUUACAUAUACUUGUUUACAUGGGCCUAUCUUGGUUUUAUCUAAA